UAUCAAAAUGGAAAACAAAUCUGCGCAAUAUAAGUACUGUAUAGUGCCGGGAUGCAAAAGCACAACUGUCCGAACAUCCAACAAACAUUUUUUUACUCUACCAAAAGAACCAAAACGUCGAUUAAAAUGGCUAAAGGCAUGCAGGCGAGAUAAAAAGGAUAUUUCACAAAAAAGCAUAGGUCUUUAUGUCUGUGAGGAUCAUUUUGAUUUGGAACAAGAUAUGGAUAACUAUAUAAAAUUCAAGAUUAUGGGUGGUCCCAAAAUUAUUAAGUCAGGUGUUGUCCCGCACAUAUUUGAUUGUCAACCAGACAGAAAACGAGCUUAUUCUCAGCCUGUGAGGGAAGCAGCCCUUAAAAAGGUUUAA